AUGAAUAAGAGGCCCUACUAUACACCAAAUCCAUUCUAUGAAAAAUUGAAGUUAAAAGAGAAGGAGAUCAUGUCAUUUCUACAAAACUUAGAGAUGGAGAACAUUGAGGCCCGACAGAAAUUCGAGGAACAGAAGAAGGAGAUCAACUUCUAUCGGAACCUGGAGAGCUGCCUCCUGAUACAGAAAGACAUUAUGAAUAAGAGGUUGGCUGAACUGAAGCAGGAGAACAAGGAAGUACAUGCUGAUUGGACCAUCAUUCAGCAAUACCUGAUUGACUUGAAUCUGAAUGAUAAAUUCGAAAAGGAGAAGGCCAGAAUUCUCCAGGACCAACAACAUCAGAGAGAUCUUGGCAUGAGCUAUGAUGUCACCAGUAUUGUAGCAACAGCACAACCCCUGAGGUUUCUCAGUCAGUGUCUAGAGCAUACAUUGAUAGACAUGUUUGCCCGAAUUAGACAACUUUUUCAGAGAACCAAUGUGGAUUCGAGAGAGACUAGAGAGAGGAGGAAGGAAGCUGGCCUUUCAUCUGAGAGUAAUGAAGGACAAAGGAGGUCAUGGAGAAUGUGGAGGACUGGCAGGCAGACAUCAUCCCCUGUAACUCUCCUGAUCAAGAAGCAGGCCAAGAAGGAAGAUGAGAGGCUGACCAGAGAGCUGCAGCUCGUUACCCAGGAGAGAAAUGAUCUGAGAGAUCCCUUGAUCUAUGUCACAGAGGGAGCCAUGAACAAGAGGCCAUACUACACACCAAAUCCGUUAUAUGAAAAAUUGAAGUUAAAGGAGAAGGAGAUUAUGACAUUUCUACAUAUCUUAGAGAAGGAGAAUAUUGAGGCCAAACAGAACUUCCAGGAUCUCAAGAAGGAGAUUAACUUCUAUCGCAACCUGCACAGCCGGCUCCUGAUGCAGAAGAACCUUAUGAAUAAGAGGUUGGUGACACUGAAGCAGGAGAACUAGGAAGUAUACACUGAUUGGUCCAUCAUUCAGCAAUACCUGGUUGACUUGAACCUGAUUGAUAAAGAUGAACAGGAGAAGCCCAGAAUCCUCCAGGACCUACAAUAUCAGGAUGCAAAGAGUGUAGCAAGAGCUAAAAUUUCCACAGCCCAGGAAGAGGGCCACCUGCAGAAUGAGUUGCCACUUCAGGAAGACACUGCUGAUCUCCAACUCCAACAGCCACAAAAUAACUUGGAGGAAUCUUCUUACACAUAA